UUCUUUGGUUUUGCCGGAUAUGUUUCCUGCCCAUCAGAUUAGCAACUUCCGCAUAACGCUGCCCUCACGCCGGAUUUAACAUGGCGGCGGGACCGAUUUCGGAGCGUAACCAAGAUGCCACUGUGUAUGUGGGUGGUCUGGAUGAGAAAGUGGCAGAGCCACUGCUGUGGGAGCUCUUCCUACAGGCUGGGCCUGUGGUCAACACACACAUGCCCAAAGACAGAGUCACAGGACAACACCAAGGCUAUGGCUUUGUUGAGUUCCUCAGUGAAGAGGAUGCGGACUACGCCAUCAAGAUUAUGAACAUGAUUAAACUAUACGGCAAGCCCAUCCGUGUCAACAAGGCCUCAGCGCACAACAAGAACCUGGAUGUUGGCGCCAACAUCUUCAUCGGUAACCUGGACCCGGAGAUUGACGAGAAACUCCUCUACGACACGUUCAGCGCCUUUGGGGUCAUACUCCAGACGCCCAAGAUCAUGCGCGACCCGGACACUGGCAACUCCAAGGGCUACGCCUUCAUCAACUAUGCCAGUUUCGAUGCCUCUGACGCGGCCAUUGAGGCCAUGAAUGGCCAGUACCUGUGCAACCGACCAAUUACGGUGUCAUAUGCCUUCAAGAAGGACUCCAAGGGCGAGCGGCACGGCUCGGCCGCUGAACGCCUCCUAGCUGCUCAGAACCCGCUUUCGCAGGCUGACCGGCCGCAUCAGCUGUUCGCAGAUGCACCGCCUCCCCCCUCUGCCUCGACGCCUGUCCUCACCACCCUGGGACCCGGGAUGCCCAUGCCUGGCAUGCCCCCUCCUGGUGCCUUCCCUCCUGUGCCACCCCCUGGAUCCAUGCCCCCCGGCAUGCCCAUGCCCCCAGCCCCAGGGACACCAGGACCCCAGGGAGGGGGCUCAGGCCCCCCACCUGGCCCGCCACCCUUCCACCAGGGCAUGCACCCGGGAAUGCCCCAGAUGUCUAUGCACCCUCAUGGCCAUCCCCCAGGUAUGGUGCCUCCACCGGGCCCCCCAGGAUCCAACCAGCACCGGGCGCCUCCACCCCCCGGCAUGCCCCCUCAUCCACACAUGGGCAUGCCACCGAGAGGGCCCUAUGGGCAUCCCAUGGGUCACCCCAUGCAUCCAGGCAUGAGAGGACCCCCUCCCCCCAUGCCCCCACCAGGCUACGGUGGGGGUCCCCCUCGUCCGCCUCCGUUUGGCUUCCAGAGGGGGCCACCAAUGCCACCGAGGCCCCCCGGCGGCCCACCUCGAGGCCCCAUGAGAGGACCAAUGCCCCCGUAGACUAUGGAGGACCACAGCAAGGCGCAUGACCAUGCUUUCAUCUAGCUUUUUUUUUUUAAACAUUUCUAUUCCAGAGUACAAUUUGGAGACAUGGUGUAGCUCCAUUAAAAAAAACGUUUUCUUCACUGUACAGAUCCCGAACAAAGGUUCGGAAUAAAGGUUUUUAAUACAACAAA